AUGUCUUAUAACAUUAGGGGAGGCGGUUUCUCUUUGAAGAGGAAAAGAGUUAGUUAUUUAAUCCACUUGAAUAAAAUUGAUGUUUGCUUCAUCCAAGAAAUAAAGAUUGAGUGUUUCAGUGACUCUUUAGCUUGGGAGUUCUGGGGUCGUAAGGAGGUGGACUGGACUGCGUGCAAUUCGGUAGGGGCAUCAGGCGGUAUGGUGAUCCUGUGGCGUAAAGGGGCACUGUCAGUGAACUAUAGUUUCCGUGGAAAAGGUUUUGUGGGCAUAAAUAUUUCGUGGAAAGGCAAAGUUUAUAACCUUAUUAAUGUAUACGCUUCGUGUAAUAGGAAGGAUAGGUGUCUGGUUUGCCUAGAGCUGUUAGAUUUGAAGAACAGGCGUGGUUUGGAGGAUUGGUGUAUUGUAGGGGAUUUUAAUGAGGUGCUGAAUGGGGAUGAGCGGAUCGGAGCGACCAGCAAUCGUGCUCGUAGAGGGAUGGAAGAGUUUGCUGGCUUUGUGGAGAACAUGGAAUUGGUAGACGUUAAUUGUGUGGGAGGGAGAUUCACUUGGUAUAAAGACAAUGGGAAGGCUAUGAGUAGGUUAGAUCAUUUCUUACUUUCAAGGAAUAUGAUGGAGGAAUGGGAUGUGAUAGAUCAAAGAAUUGACAAAAGGGACAUUUCCGACCAUACGCCUAUCCGAUUGAAUGUGGGGAAAAUUGAUUGGGGACCUAAGCCCUUUAGGUUCAAUAAUGAAUGGUACAAGCAUAAGGAUUUCAAGGAGUUCAUCAAGGUAGAAUGGGGAAAGCUUUCUUUCAAAGGAAGGGGGACUUUGUUUUGUAUGAAAAGCUCAAAUGCUUCCGUGAGAGUUUAA